AAGUCUCGCUGCAUCGCCUCGUGCGCCCUGAAACCAUUUAAUAUUUGUAGGAAAUUUAAUUUGCUUUCAGAAAAACAGAUCUAGAGUGUUCAAUAGUCAGAAAUCUUUUCAAAAUGGCAACCAAGACCACCCGCGCGCAGGUGGCUGAGAAUGAAGUUAUUAAAGGUGAAGACAAGACCGUCUCAUCGUAUAUCUUAUUAGGCAACAUUUAAUUUUUUUUUAAAUUUGUUUCGCCAACAAGCAUAACUUGGCAUAUUAUAGGCCUGAUUGUAGUUUUCGCAUGAGCACACCCCAGCCUGGUUUCGAAUUUUCACUUUCUUUUACGGUCAGUCUUUUAAACAACAGUCUUGUGUUCAACAGAUGGCACCUUGUAUGUAAGCGCUUCCUUAUUAUGAAACAUCAAUUUCCUUCGUAAACAUUACAUCAAGACAUUAAUUAUCACUUAAUAUAGAUAGAGAAUUUAUCGUGAAGAAUACGACAGAUGCAAUUUUAUUGUGAUUAUAACUAACAGCUUCGAUCCCACUCGUCUCGGCCCGAGUAGUAAUGUAUUGCCCGGAUACUAAGUUUUGCUAAUUCGGAAAUUAACUAUCAAUAGUUUGUUGUUGUUGAAAAUCUUGUUACUGCGGGUUUGUCAGUCUCGCCAAUCAAAAAAUACAUCGUUCAAACCAUAUUCUUAAAUAAGCUACAUAGAUGAAUUUUUUUACAGACAAUAAAAAUAAAAACAGCCCACAGAAAAUGCUUUACCACUACUUGAAUUUUCAGCAAUCUCAUUGAUGCCAUGUACAUAAGCAAGAUCAUUGUAUAUACAUGACAUCGGUUACAAGCACGGAAAAAUAAUUCUUCUAAUUAACCGCGUGUAUGAAACUCGUUAACAAUUUGUUAAUUAGGAAUUAAUUAAACUGAUUAUGCAAGUGGUGGCUGUAUAUGAAGGUGUCCCACAUCCAACAGAAUGACAUAUGAAUGAAGUCACAACACAUCAUACAAAGUAAAAUGAUUUUGGCGUGUCUUGGUAUUUUUUUGUUGGUAGGGAGUGGAGUAGCCUCAGAUUUCUGUGCCAACCUGCGUGAUGAUUUUUAUCCCUAUCCUGGCGACUGUUCAAAGUAUUACAAAUGUUUAAACCACGUUGGCACAUCGUUAAAAUGCCCUGGCGAACAGUUGUUUGAUCCUCAGUAUAGAAUAUGUGAAGACGCUAGCUACGUUAAUUGUUCGGCAUCCAUUGGUAUGCCUCCCACCAGUGUUGGAUCCACUACUGGCUUAUGUGCACAAACUUGUCCAUCUGGCACGGUUAUCGCUAAAAUAUUAGACCCAACUUUGUGCAUCACAAUAAUACGUUGUCAUAACGCAAAUUCAGGCGCUUAUCAGUGUCCACAUGGUACGGAAAAUGUUGGUACACUAUCCAGCCCUAUGUGUAGGCCUACCGACUCUUCAGCGUGUACUCUUGUUGGGGGAAACCCAACUCCUGGUUUCUGCAAGCUAAAAGCAAACGGCGUUUAUCAAAACCCUAAAGAUUGCAACUCCUAUUUUACGUGCAACCAAGGCAGUACAACAUACACAAAAUGCAGCAGUGGACAAACUUACGAUGCUGAAUUAAAAGGAUGUAACGAUGCUGCUGGAUUUAACUGUACAAGUUGUGGUGAUGAAGUGCGGUCGUUGAAACAUUCCGAAUGUCCCUACUGGGGUUGCUGCAAUGGAGAUUUUUUCAACCGCUCUGUGUCAACAUGUAUGACGUGUGGCAAUACGACCACAGUAGUAUCAAACAAAGAUGUCACUGCGAUGAAGUGCUUUAAUGGUACCUUGUAUGAUAACAGGGUUUACUAUAUCAGAAUAUGUGAAAGUACGGCUGAACUGACCUUAAGAAGUUUACAGAAUGUUUUGGAAUGUUGUGGUGCUACCAUUUUUAACCCAAAUACAGAAACAUGUCGAGUUUGCGGAACAACCAAAAAGUUAUAUAAGAAGGAUGAAGCUAAGAACUUUCACUGUUGUCGAGACACCAUCUUUGACAAUCGUAUCUCAAAAUGCCGUGUUUGUGAAACAACGGAGAAGUUAAUUCCACGAACGGAAUCGGAUUACUUUCAAUGCUGCGGAAGUAAAUUUUACGAUACCCGUUUGGACCGCUGUAAGUCUUGUGGAACCAGGGAUGAAAUAUACCCUAAGGACGUAGCCAAUCAAAUUCAAUGUUGUAAGAACAAUCUGUACAACAUAACAAGUCAUAUUUGCAAGUACUGUUGUGCUGGUGGGGAAGCAUAUGCAUACGACCGAAGCAUUGCUGAUAACUGGUUGUGUUGUGGUGACGAAUUCUACGAUCGUCGAGUAUCUGAAUGCAUUCAAUGCCCAGCCGAAAGCUACUAUUUUGAUCAUGCCGAUGCCGUCCAUAUGGAUUGUUGUGGAGGAUACAUAUUCGACACGCGUUCUGAGUCGUGCCGUCAUUGCCGUGACGAUUAUCAACUCUUACCCACAAAAGACGCACAUAAUUACUACUGCUGCGGUAAAACUUUGUAUAAUACUUUAACAAGUGAGUGCUUAAUGUGCAGUAACACAAGCCACGGAGUUGUAAAAGACAACGACUUGGAGCACUACUCGUGUUGCGCAGGAACCUUCUACUACAACGCUAACCAAGUAUGUGUCUCGUGUGAAGACGUCACCAAAUUGAAACCUUUGUACAGUUCAAGUAACAAAAAAAUUGAAUGGCAAUGCUGCGGAGCAAAUAUAAUAAAUCCUUUGGUAGAUAAAUGCGACGACGUGGUUGUGGAUUAGACGUCGGGAAGUAAUCGAGACACACAUAUAUAUACAUACUAUAUAAAUGUCUGUAGCAGAAUGCUAGAGAAAUUUAAAUAACAAUUGAGAAAAUAACUAGCUUGAUACUGUGCCUGGUUAGUUUUUAUAUCAAAGCGUACAACAAUUUUCAAUGUAACUUAAAUUUAUAUAAUAAAAACGGUAAUAUACUCUGAAAAUGCAUUUAGAAAAAAGAAUGAUAUUUCCGAUGUCUGGU